AACCCUUAUUUCGCAUCUGUGAUUUCAAGUGACAUUCAAAAUUUUGACAACUCUUGACAGGAAGAACAUGGCUGAUGUUUUCGCUAAAGUUUCAUGCACAUAUUGUCAAGAUGAGAUUAACGGAGUCAGGGUUCAAUGCUGUGAAUGCUCUGAUUUCGAUAUAUGUUUGCAGUGUUUCGCUAGCGGUGCUGAAAUUGGUCCUCAUAAAAAUGAUCACUCAUAUAGGUUUGUUGACCAUUGCGCUCUAGCUCUUGGAGGUAGGGGUAAUUGGACAGGCAGAGAAGAAUUACUCUUGCUAGAUGCUGUGGAGCUAUAUGGGUUUGGGAAUUGGGAUCUUGUCAGUCAACACAUAAAAACAAGGACACCUGAAGAGGUGAAGGAGGAGUAUAUUAGCAGAUAUCUUGAUGGCAAUAUCGGUAAAAUGACAUGGGGAGAUGUUGAAAAACGAAGGCCAGUAUUAAUAGAUCAUGUCCCUGAAGAUAAGGGCCCUCUAGCUCCAACAGUAACUUCAAAAUUACCUCCUCUUGAUAUAACUCCAGAAGAAGCAAUUCUUUUAGGGUAUAAACCUCAUAGGGAUGACUAUGAAAGGGAAUAUGACAUGCCUGCUGAACAAAUAGUUUCUUCACUCCAACUAGAUACUACUCAGGACUCCAAAGUGGAGAUUCUUAUGAAAUUAGCUAUGGUUGAUAUGUAUAUAAGAAAACUAAGGGAGCGUACAAGAAGAAAACGGGUUGUACGAGACUAUCAACUUGUUUCCAAAUUCUUUUCAAAGGAUAAAAAAGAUCCUAACAAGAAACCUUUGACCAAAGAACAAAAAGAAUUUCGAGAUCAGAUGCGUGUUUUCAGUCAGUUUAGAACGUCAGCUGAACAUGAGAGGUUGAUAGCAAACAUUGAAAGAGAACGUGAACUCAGGCACCGAUUGAACGAACUUCUCAAAUACCGUAACUUAGGCAUAACUUCUCAAGAAGAAGCCAUCCACUAUGAGCAACAUGCUGCUUUUCAAAAACAACAGCUAAAAUCAAAAACUGGCAACAAUGGCUUAGCAAUCUUCAAACAAGAGAACCCAUUAAACGAAUGGUAAGAUAAUAAUUGCUCCAAGUUUAAUGUCACUCAAUUCGGAGAAUAUGAAGUGAUAUUAUUCAAAAUAUGAUAUAUCAGAAUUUUGAAAAUGAUAUUAACAAUCAUCAACUAGCAUAUUGCAAAUUUUUUUAUUGAAAUCGGGUUUUGAAGAUGUAGAUCUUAUAGCAUUGUCGAUCUAGACAGAUGGAUCUAGCAUAGCGUUAUGGAAAAUCCAGUUAAUAUUUUUUAAAGAAAAGGUAUUUUUCUUGAAAUGCCUUAUAUUAGAGUACAUAAUUUUGAAUUCGAUAGAUAUAAAAAUAUAUAUAAGUAUUUCAAUAAUCUAAAAUAGUUUAGUUAUAUUCAAUGUUUUCCACUUAUGUCUCUAUGUUCUGUCCUAGAAAAAACGUAGAAAAACGAACUUUGCAA